GCUGGAGUCUCAGUCGACGCCGAGCCGCCACGCGCGUAGGCUAAAUUGUUUGUUUUUUCUUGGUGAUUAAAAGUCGUCGCGCUAACACCAUUCGAUAAUAAUACAAUACAUUCGAUUCUAUAUAUAUAUAUUUCUUCAUUCAUUUUUCUAUAUAUAAUAUUAAUCAAGUUUAUUACAAUUAUAUAGAUUUAUUAUAUACGAUUUUUCUCGAGGGUGCAUCGAUAUAAGAGUUUUCGGUGAAGCCUGAUUAGUUAUAGUUUAUAGGUUCAGCGAUAAUGUUUGACUAUUAUCUACGCGUUCGUACUAUUUCCGGUGUCGCGUGAGUGCCGAUUCGUCGUUGCAAUUUUGCGCUCCGAAAACAAACAAAAAAAAACAAACUCAACGAGUGAGAAUAGGAGGAAUGCAUUAAAAACGUGCGCGCGCGUUGCAUGCUUUUGUUUCUAUAUAUACACACACCUUUAUUAUAUACACCUUUGAAUUUUCAUCGUUGCACGUCGUCAACUUUAAAUCUCACACCGUAUAAUCAUCUAUCAAGGAAAAAGGAUCCAUAGGACACGGGAUAACAUUUCGAUCCGUCUACCGAUUUUUUCCACUUCGACAUGGACUUCGUUAUACUUAAGGUAAACGGACAAGAUGUUUCUAACUCGAGUCACGAAGAUGCAGUACGUUGUUUUCAAUCGGCACAAGAACCGAUCAUCGUCGAGGUACUUAGAAGACAACCAUCGUCUCAUCAACAACAAAUUGUUCACACGCCAUCGAGAGAACACGAGAGAUCAAGUCAUGGUGGUGGUAAAAACGAAGGAACAACGAACGAGAAAGAAAUGAGCGAGGACGAGUUAGGAAAGGAAAACCCUUGCCCUUUGGUAUCGACUGCUGUUCAAACAGAUUGGGCUGGCUUGGUAGAGGAAGAAGAAUUAUUAUCUGGAACCCUUGGUGGUGAAGAACACACUAACGACAGUUUCGAGGAUUUUCUUGCACACGAUAUCGACUUCGAGGAAGUGACGUUACGUAAAAGCGGAAGUGCAGAAAAGCUUGGUCUCACGGUUUGCUAUAGUUCUGGUUCCGGUAGCGAAGACGCCGACACGGAGGUUUAUAUUUCAGAAAUAGUUCCUGAAAGUUUAGCAGCCCGUGACGGUCGGUUACGGGAAGGUGACCAAAUCUUGCGGGUGAACGGUAAAGAUGUAGCUAACAAGGAACAAACGGAAAAUUUAUUCGCCGAGACCAAGAACGCCGUGACUAUAUUAGUCAGUCGAUGUCUUUACCAGGAUGACGAGUACGAUGAUAGACGUAUUUAUCAACAGGGCUCACCACCAUUGUCCCCGGAAAAUUUGCCAGCUUAUCAGAACAGUAUGAUCGAACAACUCAUACGACAACAGCAACAACAGCAACAACAAACGGAAGAACAUACCAAAGAAACGGAAGGAGGAAACACUUCGACGUUGAAAGCACCACCUCCAAUUCCUUCACACAUGCAACAGCAACUGCAACAACCGCAAUCACCGCAACAACAACAGCAGCAACAGCAACAACAACAACAACAACAACAACAUCAAUUACCUACUCCACAACAACAACAGAGUUCUUCGAUUUUUUCAACGACCACAUCUUCAACAUGUUCUUCGCAAAAUUCACAAAAAUCAGGUAAGAAUGCAACGUCACCGGCUCAUCAUACGGAAGACAGGAAGCAAUGGAUGCAAGACGCUUUAAAGGAUUGUUCAAAGAAGAUCGAUAAUUUAUCGUUGCGAGGUCAGCAAGUUGUACCUUCGCAAACGACAAUAAAACUCGUAGAAGCUUAUUCGAGUCACAUUUGGAGCGAAACCGAACACAUUUACGAAACGAUACCAGAAUCCGAUAGCGAACCUAUUUAUUCUUCGCCUUACGAACACCAUUGGACGACGCAGCAGCAGCAGCAACAGCAGUUACAGAUGAAUCAUGGAUCUAACUCGCAGCAGUUACAAAAUCAUGGCAAUCAAACGAAACUUUGGCACUCAUCCUCAAAGAGUAACAGCUCGGGCGAAGAAAAAGAUAGUUCGAGUGCUUACAAUACAGGCGAAUCGUGCCAUAGUAAUCCUCUAACGUUAGAACUUCAUCAGGGUGAGAGAGAUCAUCACAAGAGUACGCUGGUUUUAUGUCCGCCGAAAAAUACUAGCCAGCAUCAACAACAGCAACAACAACAACAGCAACAACAACAGCAGCAGCAGCAACAGCAACAACAGCAACCAAAAAUGGGCUGUAAUUGUCCGAUGCCGAUCAUGUCGAUGACGGCCGGUGGUGGUAAACAAGGUAGCAGAAGUCAAACUACGAGGAAGAGUUCAUCUCAUCACAAGGAUCGUACGGAUUCAACUGGGAGUACCUUACCUGCUGACACUAUGUAUACGAAUGUUGCAAAUCUUCAACAAACUAUGAUGUUACAGCAACAAUUAUUCAAGCAAGCUCUCAAUCGAAAGAAUCUUACUGCUAAGGAAACAAGUGGCGCUAGAAAAUCAAAGUCCCAUGGUAACUUUCAAGCACCGAAUCUUACGCAAUAUCAAUUCGUCGGUAGCCAACAAGUUUGUUCUUCAGCCGCUUGGAUGCCACCCGAGGAAAAAUGCGAAGUCCAAAUGGAGUGGAAAGUUAAACGAAGAGCCGACGGUACCAGAUACAUCGCUAGACGUCCUGUUAGAAAUCGGAUUCUUAGGAAUAGAGCCCUUAAAAUCUCGGAAGAACGUGCUGGACACACGACGGAGGACGAAACUAUGUCUGAAAUGAAGGUUGGUCGUUAUUGGACGAAAGAGGAACGUAAAAGACAACUUGAAAGAGCUAGAGAACGUAAGCAACGACAACAAGAAUUAAUGUUGCAACAGCAACAACAGCAACAACAAUUGCAAUUGCAACACAAUAACGAUCUAUUGAUAUGCGAUUAUAACGAUGAUAAGGUAACUAAGAAGCCGCUGAACAUCGUAGAAUUGAGUCACAAAAAGAUGGCACGCAAAAAGACCACUUUAGAUGAUUUUACCACGGUACAGGAAAUGUUGGUACAUGGAAACAGAGUAGGUGCAAGUGGACCCGGUACGGGUGGUAAAUUAAUGGGAUUGCUAUCAGUUACCACGGUGUAAUUUCUUUUUAAUAACUAGAUUGUUCAUAUUAAUUGUGCAAUAAAAACCCUAUGUGCGUGCAUAAGAUAUAUAUCUUGAAGACAAUUUUCAAACUAAUUUAUUAGAACGAAGUAUGGUGAUUUCUUUACGUUUUCUUUUUUAUCUUCUCGAUUAUAAAAUGUAAAAAAUCAAAAUAAUGAAAUACUAUAAAUCUUAUCUAUUACAUAAGAUUCAAUGAUCGUCGUUUAAAUACGCGUUAGAUUAAUUAUUUUAUAAUUUUCAUCUAGAUUACGAUCUCUGUAUCUCAUCAAUGAUUUUCUUUGAAUUUAAUGACACGCCUAAUAUCGUCAAGAUAUGAUUGAUUUGUCUCUUUGUACGAUAAAGAUUAUUAUAAAAUGUGAUCGAUGUUCGUAGAUGAAAAAGCGUUAAAGUGUGAUAACGAACGAGUAAGUAAGUAAGAAAAAAAAAAAAAGAAAGAAAGAGUAUUAAAAAUUGUACCAACAACGAUGAAUAUAGAUGAAAAAAAAAAAAAGAAAAAAAAGAAAAAGAAGAAAAGAAAAACCAGAUAAAAAAAUUCGUAAAUAUUAAACACUUUAUACAAUUAUAGAAGUGUGUAACUUGCGAAAUUUUUGCUUAAUGAUUUCUCGAAUCAUUUCGUGUACAUAUACAUAGAGUUGUACGUUGAUAUAUUUGUAGAUCAAUUUUUCACAAGUUUAAAGAAAAAUUUUAAUUAUAGACCUGUAGAUAUGUAUAAUACACACAUUAAAUGUAUGCCGAUACGAUGCUGGGGGGCUUGGUUCUUCUUCCAAAAAAAAAGAAAAAAGAAAAAAAAAAAAUAUAAUUCUCUGAGUGGUAUUUGUAAUUAUGUUUUCUUUUUUUGUUGAAUCAACACACACACACAACAAGCCUUUGUAUAUUUGCUCGACGUUGUGCAUUGUUAUAAUCGAAGAUUAUAUAUAUAUAUAGAUAUAUAAUAUAUUAUAUUAUAUAUUAUAUUAUAUUAUGGGAUGUUAAACAAUUUAUCCGCUUUAAUCCGUGGAAUCUCUCAAGAAAACAAAAAUUUAUAUUUCUCCAACCUCGUAAAGUAAAAAAUGAAUUCUUCGCAUUGACGUGUACAAUCUCCAAUUUUUUAUACGUGUGUACAUUAAUGCACAUAAUGUACAUUGCUCUGUAUGAAUUUAUCCUCCGUUUAAGAUUAUUUUCGACUGAUGAUGAUACGUAUAUAUAUAUAUAUAUAUAUAUUGUUUAUGUACGUGCUGUGCAAAAGUGUGUAGCGGUAAAACGACAAAUCACUUUUUAACACCACCGUUAAUAAAAGCGCCGCAUGCAUUUAUUUCCUCGCGGAUAUAUUAUGUAUAUGUAACGUAUAAAAGAUUGAUAAGGAUUAUGUGUAACUAACUUGAAACCGUAUCAGACGCGAUCUAUCACAGUAAGCAUGAUAAUAUUGUCUGUAAUCUAGAUUAAAUAUUCUCGGCAAAAGCGUAUUAUAACUUUACGAAAAAAAUUAUCAAAUAUGCUGUGUUUUGUAUGUAGAUGCGCCGUAAUAAUUCUAAAUAUGUAUAAUAUAAAUAACGCUCGAAUAAAAUAUAAGAUAUUGAUAUACGGAUUGCAAACAUACAAGCAA